AUGUUUGCAGGCAGGAACAAUAUAUUCCUUUGGGCCACAGGCUGGAGCUUCCGAAUGUUCAAUAUCUUCCAUAGACAGGCUGCUCUAGCCGCAACUCUACUUGCCAUUGCCCAUUCCAUCGCAUUUACAAUAUUCUUCUUCUUAAUAGGCUCGGGAAUAUAUAUCAAACGGUUUACAGAAAAAUGGUUUUGCAUGGGUGUUGUGGGAACUGUGGUAAUGAGUUUCCUGGUAAUAUUCUCAUGCCUAUGGCUCCGAAGGAAAACAUAUGAGUUGUUCUUACUCAUCCACAUUGCAUUAUCUACUGUGACAAUUAUAUCCAUGUUUUACCACAUAUCCGUCUAUGGAGGCGAAUAUGACCCUUACCUUUGGCCACUUGUUGCUAUAUGGGGCUUUGAGAGGACUCUGCGCAUUAUUAGAAUCAUAUACUGCAACCUUCGAGUUCGAUUCGCUGGAGGUGGUCUUCAAUACACGAGUUCUGUUGCUUACUACGACGAGGUUUCAGAUAUCAUCAGGCUGGAGGUAACACCAGCUGCAACCGGUAUCUCUCAAAAGCCUGGACGGUAUUACUUUUUGUACCAGCCCUUCAGAUGGACUGGGUAUGAGAGUCAUCCAUUCACCCUCGGGGCAUGGGCCGAGACUUCCAAGGUGGCCACUGAGAAACUUUCAGAGACUGGCUCUUCUUCUCCAGUUGAGAACAGCAAAAGUGAUGGAGUGCAGCAGGUCGCCAAUGUUUCCAAGGACCAAAAUCCAAGAGGCAGCCCAUCCAAUGAGACAACCUACGUAUUUUGGAUACGACCGUAUAAUGGGUGGACUCGCCAACUUCGUGACCAAUGCUUGAAGUCCAGUGGCACUGCUAUCUCAACUACAUUGCUAUUAGAGGGCCCAUAUGGCGACUCUGCUCCUCUGUGGGCAUACGAAUCGGUUCUAUUCAUCGUUGGUGGUACAGGUAUUGCUGCUGCUGUGCCUUAUAUCCAGGAUCAUAUCCGACGCGCAUCUGCGACCGGAACAGGUACAUGUACAAAGGAUAUGACACUUGUUUGGUCAGCGAGACAGGCUUCCUACGUUCACAAUGUAGCCUCUAGGGAGCUACAGCCCGCCCUUGAGCGUGGAGACUUUUCUGCUUCCUUCUAUUUGACGAGUGGUGACAAGAGUGCUGCGUCUGCCGUUCCUUCCCCAGCCUGCACGAACACAACGUCGUCCUUGGACACUAAUGUUCUAGAUGAGCUGACCAAAGACUCCAAGCUGCAGUCUCUCACUGCAAUUCCGAAAUACGAGGUGAAAUAUGGGAGACCAGAUACUAAGUCUAUUAUUUUGGAGCGGGCAAAAAGCGCAAAUGCGGCCAACUCGCGGCUUGCUGUACUUGUCUGCGGUCCGGAUAGUCUAGCAGACGAAGCAAGAGAGGCAAUCCACAACGCUAUGCUCCAGGGAUAUCGGCAAAUCAGGUACAUUGAAGAUGCGUACAGUUGGUAG